AUGGUGACCCGCGAGAGCCCGUACCCGCCAGCGGGGACGGUCCAGCAACCUCCUGCCUCGUACGCGCCCCCUCAGAUGUCGCAGGCUCCGAACUACGCCGGCAACGGAGGGUACGGAAACAGCAACGGGUACGGCGGGUACAGCGGAGGACAGCAGUACCAGCCGCCGGACCAGGCGGGCGGCGGAUACGGAUACGGAGGAGGGAACCAGGCGCAAGAGUAUUACCAGCAGAGCCAGGGAGCGGGCGGACAGAAGCCCCCGCCUCAGGCUCCUCCGCCUCAGAAUGGUGCCGGCAUGGAAGGCAAGUUCGACGACGUCAAGCCCAAGUUCAACGAUGUCAUCUUCGCCCUCCUCUUCCUCGCCCAGCUGGGCGCCUUUAUCGCCAUCUCGGUCAUCUCCCUCCGCGCCCUGCCCGCUAGCGAGGGCUCAGUCGGUCUCGGCCAGUCCGGCGGGACCGCCACGACACUCAACGCUUCGACGGCCUGGCUCCUCGCAAUCAUCUCCGGCACCGCACUCGUCCUCUCGAUCCUCCUCCUCGUCCUCGUCCGCCUCUUCACCAAGAUCAUCCUCGAACUCUGCUUGCUCCUCGCAGUCGCGAUGAGCAUAGGCUAUGCCGUCUACAUGUGGGUGGAGCGAUACUGGAGUGGCGCGAUCAUCUUCACCAUCUUUGCGGUGAUUUCGAUCCUUGCGUACCCGGGAAUGCGUCGCCGUAUCCCAUUCUCGAAAGCCCUCCUCCUCUUCGUCAUCCGCGUCGCCAAGUUCCAUCCCUCAGUCUACGUCAUCGCCCUCAUCGGCACGACCCUCACAGCCGCCUACUCCGCCUACUGGGCCAUCUCGGUCGUCGCGAUCUACCAGAAGUGGUCGCCGAACGCUGAGGGAGCAAGCACGGGCGGAGGGACGCCGAGUUCCGGAGCUGUGAUUGGGUUGAUGGUGUUCGCGGUGUUUAACCUCUACUAUACCACGCAGUUCUUGACCAACUUGUUCCUUACGACGGAGGCGGGCAUCUUCGGCGCCUUCUACUACGGCGGCCGUGAUGCGAAGAUGGUCGCAUGGGGAGCGUUCAAGCGCGCCUCGACCUACUCCUUCGGCUCCAUCGCCUUCGGUUCGCUCAUUGUCGCGCUCCUCGACCUCCUCCGCGCCGCGCAGAUCCUCCAAUCUUACGAGUCGGGUCAAGGAGACGUUAUCGGAGCCGCCGUCGCCUGCGUCGCCCAAUGCUGUGUCGGGGGCAUCGCCUGGGCCGUCGAAUACUUCAAUAGGUAUGCGUAUGUGUCCAUCUCGCUCUAUGGCGAGGCGUACAUCCCGGCGGCGAAGCAAACCUGGUCUCUCUUCCGCGACCGUGGUAUCACGGCGUUGAUAAACGACUGCCUUGUUUCUAAUAUCUGGACGUUCGGAUCUUAUGCCGUCGGAGGUCUGGCUUCACUUUUCGCGUAUACGUACGUCCGGACGAGUCAGCCGGGGUACACACAAGACAAUUCCGGCCUUGUAGCCGUGUUAAUCGGCUAUGCCUUCGCCAUCGGAUUCUUCAUCUGCCACUCCCUCGGCUACGCCGGCCUCUCCUCCGGCGUCUCGACAGUCUUCGUCGCCCUGGCGCACGACCCCGAGGUUCUCGCCGAACGAGACCCAGAACUCUUCGCCGUCAUCCGCCAAACGUAUCCGCAUGUCGUCAACCCGGUCUGA